AGCUCCUCCAAUAGCACCAUGGCAUCGGCGAAUCAUCGGGGCGGGCAUCGCGGCAUCGCCGGCGCUGGCGCUGCCGAUGGUAAUCCGGCCGGUUUACAAUUCGGUUCCGCCUGGUUUCAGCGCAAAAUCAAUCUAAGGCCGCAGCAUCGUGGCGUCCAUUUGGUCACCGAGGAGAUACUUAGACAAAUGCCGGAACUGACGCAAUUCUCUGUGGGAUUAUGUCAUAUGCAAAUACUUCACACCUCGGCGAGUUUAGCGUUAAACGAGAGCUGGGAUCCAGACGUCAGAGACGAUAUGGAAAUGAUGUUGAAUAAAAUAGUUCCCGAAGGUUUGCCCUACAGGCAUUCGUGCGAAGGACCCGACGAUAUGCCCGCACACGUGAAGGCCUGCUUUUUGGGCAGCUCACUGACAAUCCCCAUUACCGAUGGCAAACUCUCGCUGGGCACCUGGCAGGGCGUUUGGCUGUGCGAGCAUCGCGAUCAGGCCGGCAGCCGGAAGCUGGUCAUCACGCUGACCGGCUGUCCGCGCGAACAGGCCGUACGCAGUCCGCUGUCACCCGUCUCGCCCAUUGCGAGCACCUCCAGUUAGGGGCGGCCUCGCUCCACCCGCGACAGCCGGUAAUCGCGGGGGAGCGACAAUAAUGGCAUCAUUUCGUCGAGGAAGUUGAUACUACAAAAGAAUUUAGCUAGAGCCACCGCACAGCAGCGAGCGGCGGCCGUAAUUGCCGCUGGUCGUGGUCUAAUUGGAGCAACUGCAUCCGUUGCGGCGCCGGCGCCACCAGGUGCCGUGUUGCCCAUCGAUACGAAAACGCAACGUUUGCUGUUGCGGCAGCGUUUGCAUUUGAAUUUAAAUUUAAAUGUUAACGAAACGCUGCAGGAUGGCGUUGAUAUUGAUGAUGUUGAUGAGGAUGUCUGCGACGACGACGACGACGAUGAUGAUGAUGAUGAUGAUGAUUAUGAUCAGGUGGAGGAUGACAGCGUCGCGGAUGUCGUCGAUGCUCAGGGCAGUGGGCAUCGCCGUGUUGGUGAUAAUUUACAAACCGUCACAACAGUGCCUCAAACCAAACAACAACAACAACUAAGACAUAAGAUCACCGCAACAACAACAACAACAACCAGCUCAUCAACAGCAUCCAAUAGCGCAUUAGCUAAAUUCAAUCGCAUACUCGACUCUGCUAAACUGGAGCCACAUCGCGCCUCCUCCGCGUUCAGCAGCGCCACGCUGCAGCAACGCCUCGCGCUGGCUUAUCCAGAGCUGCAACAACAACAACAACAACAACAACAGCAGCAACAACAGCAGCAGCACGAGUUGCGGCAAAUCGACAACCUCCCACGUGGCAUUGCCGUCGUUAGCACUCCAUUAACCAUGCAAGCACUAGACACUAUAAAAACCAAGACGGCGGCAAUGUUGGAACAGCAGCAACAGCACAACGCAGCUGAUCAAACGAAACGAAAUGAUGUGCAUUAUUUGUUGAAACAGUUAAAUAGUUUUAGUGAUAUAGAAGAAAUAGAAAUUGUUGAUAUGAAGCAAAGAAAGCAGCAGCAGCAGCCAAAGCAGCCGCGGCAGCAACAGCAACAACAACAACCGCAGCAGCAGCAACAACAACAACAACAGCAACAACAACCCUCACAACGCACAAGCAAAGCUGCCUGCUCCAGCUCGUUGGAGCUAAUGCCCAUGUCCCGCUCCAUGCUGCCGCUAGCCUUGGGCUCGCCAUCGACACAGUCGCACAAGGGCAACUUUAUGGAGCAUGCCGGGCCGGGUGAGAGCAACAGCUCGACACGUCUGCAAUUCGAUGAUUAUUUAUUCGAAUCGUGCCACUAUUUGGAGACAAACUAUUUUGCCGCUACCUAUCGCACUGCCAUGGUCGAGAGCUGCUCGCACGAGUUCCGGCCCUCGACCGCCACACCGCCGACGAGCGUGCGCUCCGACAGCUUCGAGCUGCACGAACUGCAGCCGUCGAGCGUUAUAUGCAAGGCGGCGGCGCCACCAGCCAGGCUGGAUGCGGACUCACCGCCGCCGUAUCAGGCCGAGGUGCGCAUGACCAGCAGCGGCGUCCAGACUGAGCUGACCGUUGAGUCGCUCGCCCAGCUUAGCAGCAGCAGCAGCGGCAGCAGCGGGGCCAGUUCAGGCGGCACGCCUCAGGUGCCGCCGCUUUUCAUAUGCUGCUACACGCCCAUCGAUCGUUGGCGUGCCAGGCGUUUGGGCGCGGCAGCUGCCGCCAAGCGAGCCAAUCCCGAGAAGCACGGACAUCCCGUCUGACAGUGGAUCCGCAAGUAAAAAACCAAAAUAAAAACUGGCUCAAAAGCCGGCUGCGCUGUUUCAUUUGCGAUAUCAACAAGAGAUUCCAUUUCGAAGACAGUCAAUACAAAAAAACUUCGCCUAAAUAUUCAUUUUCCAAACAACAAUAACAAAAACAUGUACAAUUUUUUAUACACACCCACACACAACCAUUCGCACAUUUUUGCAAUACACUACCGGAAAAAAAAGGAAGAGUACAUUUUGAUAGACUUAAAUUUCAACAACAACAAAAAUCAUUUGGAAAUGUUGUAUAAAUAAUGAAAUGGAAAGGAAAUUUAAAGCAGAUGUCAUAAUAAUUAAACGGCAAUUGAAUUGUUUCAAUCAAAUAAAAUACAAAAUUAAAUGCAACAAAAAAAAAAACAAAUUGUUAACAAAAAGCGCAAAAAUAAACGCAAAUUUGGAGCCGGCGAAGGAGCAGGAGAACGUGAGAGCUUGUAUAGUAAGUUGUUUAAUAAAUAUAAUAAAAUAACAAAAUUAACUACUAACUAACUAAUUAAACUGAAACGAGGCGGCGCACACGCCAACAAAAAAAUAUAAUAUCAUGUUGUCCGCUUUCUCUGCCAAAUGCAUGAAUCCAAAAACAAAGACAGAAUAAAUUGAAUAUGGCAUGUUCCGAAUUUCGUGCCAGCAAAAUAUUUAGAGCAUAACUAUUGAGUAAGCUAAAAAUCAAUUAAGAGCUAAACAAAAUUACUAACCGAAAUUGUGGCGAAAGUGUUUAUCGGAACAUGCUGUUCAGUCACAUUCAUCAGCCACAGUUCAGCUGCGUGUGCGUUUUAUAGUCAAGUUAUGCAUCGAUUUUAUUAUAAAAAAAAAAAAAAAAACAAAAUAGCAAUUGUUACAACAAUUAACACUUAAAUAAACUAACAAACAACUAUGUUCCAAUUUGCGCUUUCGCCACAAUUUCGCAAAGAUUUCUCUUGCAUACUUCUUGGGGCAGCAGCUGCUCCAAAAAGUAUGCUACACUUGUUAUUGUGAAAUUUUCGCAAAACUGCAAUUCGGAACAUAGUUAAAUUUUUUUUUUUGUUUUUGUUAAUUUAAUUUGUAAGCCACAAGAAGAAGAAAAACAAAACCAAAAACUUGGAAUUGUUCGAGCACAAGCAGCGACUGCUUUUAGUUUUGUUUUCUCAUCAAUUGUGAAACGAAAAGUAAAGAAGCAAUAUUAGUUAUUAAACUUCUGUGAAUCAUGUGUAGAAUUUUGUCAAUUUGGUUCGUAAAGCUGGGAGAAGAAACAAAAUAUAAGCUUAACUAUUCAAUUAAUUAAUAACAAAUAACAUAACAUAGACAUAAUAUCACGAAGCUUAAAUGAAGACACGCGCUUUAGUUGAACAAAAUCCGUUUAGAACACAAU